AAAAUGAGCUUGUUGGUAAACAUAUCACAUGCAGAAAGGGAGCCCUUGAGCCUGGGGCUGAUCGGACCAGUAUAAAAGGCAGUCCAACUGCAGGUCCCUCAUCCACUUCUCUUCCUUUCUUCUCCCUGUGAACAAGGUGCACCUCCGUCCCACAGCCAUGUCCUGCUACGAUCUGUGCCGUCCCUGUGGCCCAACCCCACUCGCCAACAGCUGCAACGAGCCCUGUGUCAGGCAGUGCCAGGACUCCCGAGUGGUGAUCCAGCCCUCUCCGGUGGUGGUGACCCUGCCCGGACCCAUCCUCACCUCCUUCCCCCAGAACACCGCUGUGGGAUCCUCAGCUUCUGCUGCUGUUGGCAGCAUCCUGAGCCAGGAGGGAACCCCCAUCAACUCCGGGGGCUUCAGCCUCUCUGGCCUGGGUGGUGGCUACUGCGGCAGAAGAUGCCUGCCCUGCUAAGGUCGGGCUGGACGUGCAGUGAACACAUCGACCAGGAAGCCCUAAGUCAUGUGUUGGACUGAGGAUGGAGCUGCUGGCUGGGCUUUCCAGAGGAGCUGAGCACCCUCACACCCUCCUGCGUAGGAGCGAGGGAAGCUCAGUGCCAUCCUGUGCUGUCUGGAAACACGGCCAGCUCCUGCUGUCUUCUUCUCCUGCUUUCUUCUCUGCAUCAUGAGUCCCUGUUGUCUCCUGCUGUCCUGUGCCAUCAGUUAGUCCUGAAGCAAGAUGAGAAGAGUCCUGCUCAUCGCCCUCUCACUUGUGUGUGGGAGGAAGAUGUGUCCCCCAUUGCUGUGCAGGGCUGCCUGAGUGCCGGCUGCCCUCGGAGCACCUGGCCCGGGUCCCUUCCAGCACUCCCUGCUUUGUCUCUGUCUUUAGACUCAUUAAAGUUUAUGCUGCAUUGUA